AUGACAGGUGAAAACACAUCGCGCAAGUUGGCCGGAUACGAGUUUUAUGAAAAGACAUUGGGCUCGCCCAAGCUUAUCCUUGCUCCUAUGGUCGAUGGCUCCGAGCAAGCCUGGCGUAUUCUGAGUCGACGUUAUGGUGCUCAAACUUGUUACACUCCAAUGUUCCAUGCGAGACUUUUCAGCGAUCCUAAACAUGGUGAGAAGUACCGACUUGAUCAGUGGAGCACAGACAAGGAGGAUCGUCCUACUGUUGUUCAGUUUUGUGCCAACGAUCCCCAAAUAUUGCUGAGAGCUGCAAAGUUGGUGGAAAACGACUGCGAUGCUGUAGAUCUCAACCUUGGCUGCCCUCAACAUAUCGCCAAAAAGGGCAACUAUGGAUCGUAUUUGCAAGACGAGUGGGAAUUGAUAACCAGUAUGGUUUCGUUGCUCCACAAGGAACUGGCCGUCCCAAUUACUGUCAAAAUCCGAGUGUUCCCGACAGUUGAACGAACAGUCGAAUAUGCAAAGAUGAUUGAAAAGGCGGGCGCUCAAUUGCUUACUGUGCAUGGACGACUUCGAGAUCAAAAGGGUCAUCACACUGGACUUGCGGAUUGGGACAAGAUCAAAGCUGUCAAGGAAGCAGUCAAGAUCCCAGUGAUUGCCAACGGCAACAUCUUGUAUCACUCGGAUUUCAAGCGCUGUAUGGAUUAUACGGGUGUGGACGGUGUCAUGACAGCUGAAGGAAGCUUGUAUAACCCGGCCAUCUUUGCCGAUCGAGAAAUGCCUCCGUUGACUUGGGAAAUGGCCAAGGAAUAUUUGGAAAUCGUACGUGAUCUCAAGACGACCGUGCGCUCCGGCAUCAUCAAGGGUCACUUGUUCAAGAUUAUGCAUCCAAGUUUGCCACAUCAUAAGGAACUGCGCAAUCGUAUGGGCAAAGCACGUGAUUGGCAGGAGUAUUACGAUGUCGUCAUGGAACUUAAGAAUAAACUGGAAGAGGAUCGUGAACGAAUCGGCGAGGAUGAGCUGCGGGGACAACCGGAUGAGGCUGGGAUUCGCAAAUAUGGUCAUUGGCGGUGCCAGCCCUACAUCCGUCCGCCACUGCCCGAAGAUUAUGGAAAAAAGAAGGCCAAGAAGCAGGAGAAUAAGCGCGAAGCUGGAGAGGAGGAAGCAAAUGAUGAUGAGGCUGCGAACAAGAAGCUGAAAAAGGAAGAAAUCGCAGCCACAGCCUGA